AUGUUCAAGAUCUCCGAACAGUCAGACAUUCUAGGCGAGUCUGGACGCAACCACCAGGAUUCUGCUGAGCUCUCGCCUGGGAGCAUUGCCGACGAGACAUCGAUUUCGACCGAGUCAGAGCUCAUCGAACGAGAGAGCAUCGACUGUAUACACUCCGGCCAUCGUGUUUACAAUUCGUUUGCUGUUCAGAUAGCGACAUUGAAGAAUGCCGCGUCGCCGAGCCCGUCUGCCAUGUCCAAAGGAGAUGAGCCUAUUGGAACUGCCUCAAACAGAACUCCUUCAAAUUGUGCUCAAAUGGGGAUCCACCCACGGGCCAUUCGAAACGACAUCAAGACUUUCAUAUCUUCAUCGACACGCCUGAGAUACUUACUGAAUCUGUUCUUCGAUGAGUACCACUACCUCUACCCGUGCAUUGAUCAAGACCGCUUUGAUAUUCAACUACAAGGUCUUUUCGAACACUAUUCGGUGCAUCAAGACUGCUUGUUCCUGUCAGCUGGAGAACCUGAAUCACUCGUAUUCGCUGCUCUGACAUGCAAGAUACUCGCCAUCGCAGAGCAUAUUGAAGCCGACGGUCAAUCUCCUACGACGACGACCAACGAGCUUCCACCAGAGAGGAAUGUCCGUGGGCAGGCUUGGGACCGAGAAAGUGCAAGACUCUUGGGCCUGGCGUCACAAAGCGCAGACGACAUCAUGGACACCGUCCGACUCUUCAUGCUGGAGGUACUUUACAUGUUGAUGAGGGAAAACUUCAGAAAGGCAUCACAGGCAUUGUGCAGGGCCGUGGAGCUGGCCUUUGCCCUGGGUUUGAAUGACGAAUCCACAUGGGCUGGUUGUUCUAUCGCAGAAGCCAGAUCAAGACGAGUUCUGUGGUGGACCAUAUACUUCUUCGACCGAAGGAUGGCGUACCGGCUUGGAAGACCGUACAUGAUUCGAGAUUCCGAAGUGGCGGUUGCUGACUUCACAGCCGAUAUACGGACAAUGGAAAGUAUGCCACCACCAGCCCUUCAUCUUUCGACUUCCACGCCAACGAGGAUAUCGCUCGACGUGGAUUGGUUUCACUACCUACAAUUCAACCUUGGCUGGGGACGUCUUUUUGCAAAGGCGUGGGAUUCUCUUUACAGUUUGACCAGUCCGAGGGCCGGAAAUGUUGAAGAAAUCGAAAUCAUGGAGACUUUGUUGGCAAAGCUCAAGAGAUCGCUUCCGACGGAAAUGAAAUGGAGAGACACACUCAGCUCGUCAGGCAGCACCCAGCCUCCUGAUGUACCAGAUCGGAAGAUUCGCAUGAGUCUUGUGGUUUAUACGAUAUGUCACAAGCUUGCUGCUUCCACCGUGGAGGCCAUUGUUUCCUACAUUCGGACCCGACGCCGCGAGCGAUCGUUUGGCACGUAUGCGACCAUGUGCAUCAUUGAAUCACUCUACUACAUGCUUUCCAUGCCAUCGUCGACGACCAACAACAACAGCAGCCGCAGCAUCGACACUUUUGAUGAUUUCGAAGCCACAAAGAAUUUGUCACUGGAACAGGCCUGGGAAUGUCUGAAUGAUUUGAGUUGUCGCCGAUUGGCAAUUGCCACAAACGCACUGAAAGUAUUGAAAGGCAUCAUUGAGACUAGGGUUGGUAAUCAGCAGUCCCUCCUCCAGGACAAGCCAACGGGAGCAUCUUUGAACACCUGUCAAAAUCAUCGACCCUCUAUUGAUCAGGAGAUCAUCACCAACGUAGAAUCUCGGCAGAGAGAUCAUGCUCAAGACACGGACUUUUAUGAUGUUGACUUGUUCUCUAUCGACUCUCAAUUUGUGCUGCCGGACUUUCCUGGGUCAGAUCUAGAUAGGGAAGGGCCUUUGAGUAAUGACAUGGGAAUUUGGGAUGCCGAGCAGAUGAUCUAUAGUCGGUGUUGA